AUGGAAUUUAGUUUUCUUCGUUGUCUCCUUCUCGUCGCCCUGUCUACUUGGACUUUAGCAGACGAUGGACAGGUGACGUUUGUAUCAGAGCUCUCGUCCAAACCAGCUCAGAAGUUGUCCAAGUACGGUUGGUACGGCAACGUGAGGCUGCAGAGGUUUCAUAUACCAGAGGACACUGCCGUCGCUCGCUGGCUCUUCACUGUCACCAAGGGCCACAACUUCAACUGUGGACAGCACAAUGUCACCAUCCAUAUUCAAUAUGGUGCCCCUCCAGUAAUAAACCCAGUAGGGUCGGUGUUUCCCAAUGAAACACUAUGGAGCCCCUGUCUGUCUCUGAUCCUACCGGUGACAUCACACAGCUCCACAACCUUUAACCUCUCCAAUCCGGCUCCCGGUGUUUGGUACGUUGGUGCCCACUUGCCUGAAGAUGACGGGCGCAUAGAGCAGAAGGGCUUCCCGUCUUGCUCGUACUUCUUCCAGCCUCAGCUAUCAAUCAGGAGGGCGGUGGACACGCCCGUCUUACAGCAGGGCACAUUCCUCCAGCAGACCGCAGCUCUUGACAGACCUGCACGCCUUAAGUUGUAUGUUCCAGAGUUUGCCUCCUCUCUCUCCGUCUCUGUUGCCGACUGUUCGUCAGGGGAGAGAGCAGACGGUGGAAACUGUUCACUGGUCCUCAGGCUGGGCUCCACCUCUCUGCAGCAACGCCCGGUAACAGUGAACUGCUCAGGGAUCGGCUGCUCCGCGGCUCUUUCUAACCCACCUUGGGAUACCUGGUUACGAGUUGUCGUGGAGAGCAGCCUAGACAACCGCACUGUGACCUUUAGUAUCGUCUCCAACUACACAGUGGGGUGUAAGCCAACAAGUGUCGGCCUUAAACUAGAUGAUGACAUCAAAAAGCUCCGUGGCAACAGCAGCGAUACCAACUCGACAUCGGCAGGCAACAGCUCUGUGAUUACAGACACAGUCGCCGUUAGCAACGAAUCAGCGUCGAUGUUAACACCGUUGCUGGCGUCGGCGUGUGUGUGGAGCCUCCCCGUGCUCUAUGAGGAGGUGGAUGUUCUGUCACUCCGAUACACUCCCGUCAACGGAGCUAACAUCAGCGUUACAGAUACACACCCCACGCUGCUCACCUACCCGCUGCACACACAAGCCACCGGUGGUACACUCAACCUACAGCUCACACUCAACUCUACUAAUGCAACCCUGGGGAACAGCAGCAGCGUGGUGGCCUGUCUUUCUCCGUGGGCUCCAGUCCUCGAACUCAACCACUCUCAACCCUGCCGCACAGCUUUGUUUGGAGGGUACGGUGUUCGUGUGAAUGUCAGUGCUCCUAAAGCUGUGGUCAGGCUGCCUUUUCCUCAGUCGACAACAUGGUACCUCACCCUGCAGCUCACAUGCAACAGCAGCGACUGCGGUAAUAGAUCAUUGGUGUCUGUGGUCCCGGAGGUGUUUAUCAGUGCCUGUGUAGAGGACUGUGGGACGUACGGUGAAUGUAGACUGCUGAGAUCCUACAGCUACCUGUACGCUGCCUGUGUCUGCAAGGCUGGCUGGAGAGGUUGGGGCUGCACCGAUGAUUCCACAGCUCAGUCGCUCUGUCGCCAGUUGACGGCAACUCUGCUGCUCACCCUCAGCAACCUUUCCUUCCUGCCUGCCAUCGUGGUGGCCAUUAAACGCUGCUACAUCACCGAGGCCUCCGUCUACCUCUUCACAAUGUUCUUCUCCACGUUCUACCACGCAUGUGACCAGCCAGGUGUAGCUGUAAUGUGCAUAAUGGACUACGAUACCCUGCAAUACUGUGACUUCCUGGGGUCGGUCUGCUCCAUCUGGGUCACCAUCCUGUGCAUGGCUCGCAUCGGAGAUAUAUUCAAAUAUACUCUGUUUAUGCUCGGGGCUCUGCUUAUAGCCAUGUCGAUGCAGCUGGACCGCAAAGGCCUGUGGAACCUGCUGGGCCCCGUCCUCUGUGCUUUGCUGCUCAUGAUCACUGCCUGGGUGUACCGAGGGGUGCGGCGACGACAUUGUUACCCUCCUUCUUGGAAACGCUGGGCCCUCUUCCUGCUCCCCGGGGCAAUCUGCGCCCUGAUCGGGGUAUGUUUGUACAUUUUUACCGAGACCGAGGACAACUACUACUACACACACUCGCUGUGGCACAUCCUGGUGGCCAGCUGCGUGGUGUUCCUGCUGCCGCCGAAGGAGAAGAACAGGGAGGCGUUGGGCUGGAGCAGGGGCUGGAGCUGGACCUGGAGCUGGAGCUGGAGCUGGAGGCCCCGCGUUUGCGGGUACACGCUCUGUCAGAGCGACAAGGAUGAACUCUACACUGUCACAUAGUCGGGACAGGAGAUGCUGUAAGGAAGCAAAAGUGAACGGGCAUUGAUUGUUAAACAGUACUGCAAACAUUCACAUAAGGUAAAAAAAGACACACACAAGCACAGGGAGUCUGCUCGUGUUGACAAAAGACUUUAGACCUAUAUUCUCAUAGGUCUACACAGGGUUUAAAACUGUUCUUGUAUUUGAAUAAAAAAGACCCGUAAAGUCUUAAAGGGACAGUGUGUAGGAUUUGGCUGCAUCUAGUGGUUUGGUUGCAAAAACAUAGUUAUGAAUAUUAUAUUCCAUUUCUGCUAAUAGAUCCCCGAAAUGUUACACACUGUUCCUUUAAAUUAGCUUGCAGACAUCCUGAAAUACACAUACACACACACACACAUACACACACACACACACCAACCCAAAUCGAACCUGCUGAAACCUCCCAGGUGGUCCAUCCCACCAGCUUAGGUAUGAACAGCUAAAACCUUCAGGUAUAGCAGACCACCUGACCUUUGACCUCACGACCAGGAGUUUGUACAUAAUUGUGUAUGUACAUACAUGCUAGGAAAUCAAUGUUUGAACUAUUUAUAAGAAAUAGCACUUUGUGGAGCUCUUUUAAAUCUUUAUAUUCAGCCUAUCGUUGAGUCCGCUGAUAAAGUAUACUAUAUUUA